CUGGACAAGACUAAAGAAAACAAACGAAAUCAAAGUAUGACGCUUUGAUCUCCUGACCAGUUCUUCCUGGACAGUUCUUUAUAUUAAAGUGCGGGGAUUUGUUUCAUCUCAUGUGUUGGAUACAUGCGCUGCUUUACGAGAAAAUUUAAAUGGCGAUAAAAGCUAAAUAAUAAUAAAAACAAAAUCUUAAAGAACCUAUUAUGAGGACUUAUUAGAGAGAAAUAUAUUAUCUAACGCAGUCAACGAGCGACUAACUCGCGGUGAUAUGAAUUGGACGUUUUCUGUGUAGCCUAUUUAAGCGUUUUCUUUUUCUUUUCCGGAAAUUAGUUUUCGGACGUGACUGUUGCCUUUAGUUACAGGGUGAGUCGGGUAAUAUCACUAUAUUAAGACAGUGUAGCAUACUUAAUUAUUACGUAAUUAUUUUAGAGUAAAAAAACACUCAAAUCGGAGAUGAACGGGCACCAGUCCAGUCUAGCGGAUUGUCCGACUGGACGUGUGUGCUCUAUUGAAGGUUUGCCACCGUUGCCCAAAGGAUUGAGUGGCAUCUUAAAUUCUAGCGGGGGUUCCUGGAGGGACAUUGAGAAAGUCUACAGCAAGAGGACGCGCAUUCAGGCGGACAUCAGUAAGUCCAUAGUGAGCGAUACAUUCGGCCGCAGGAAACCCGCAAGCCUUGACGCAGCGCUGGCCAUGCUGCGCAAAGAGAUGGUGGGACUCAGACAGUUGGACAUGUCCUUGCUGUGCCAGUUGUGGUCUCUAUAUGAGUCCAUACAGGAAUAUAAAGGAGCUUUCCAGGACAUAUCCUCUUCUUUGUGUGAGAGCUCCUUCAACACUGAAAACGGCUUCUCUGAAGAUGAGGAGGAGGAGGAAGAUGAAGGGGAGAGUGGGGAGACACUGUUAUCCCUUCCUCAGCCCACUCAGAAUUCACGGGAUCAGUGGAUCAAAGACUCUUUCCACAUCCCAAUUUAAAUAUUCCAUGUCAUGUGUGCUCUCUAUUAUUAUCAUCCUUAUCAAUAUGUGAUAUGACAGAUAUGACCCCAAUGUAGAAGGGUCCUAUAAGCAUCUAAUUGAAAGAAGGCCUUCAUUUUCUUAGUACACUAUUACAAUGGUGAUUGUAAGUUUGUUUAAAGGGAAAAUAGUUUUUGUACUGCCUGUUAAGUCAUAAUGACCGGAUGAGGUUUGACAGGAAGAGGAUGUUAUUGCCAGAAAUAAUGUUGUCUAGGGUGUUUUUUUCUACACAUGAUAAAGAGUGUAUAUGAAGUUUCAUUCAACUAUUGUGUGAAGAACAGUGUUAAAGACUUGCUUACAUACUAUUCUCUUAAGUCACAAUUUCACUAUUAUGAAUGUAUCUAAUGUUUGAAUCAUCACUUGUCUGUUUUCUUUAUCACCACCUGCAUUUUUAGAUGCUGUUUAAAUUAUUGUUUUAUAACAAGUCUGUCUUUAGUUUGUAAGUUGAUCAUUGAAUGUAGUCUUCCUUUUUUUAGAAAGUUAAAAAGUAAUAAAGCAUAGGUUAGCUAAAUGUAUAGCUAAAUGUUUUGUUGUUUGAUAUUUUAUACACCAACAAAUUGUUUAUUACAAUAACAGGAGCAUUCAUUUGAAGAAAAAAAAAAACAGUACAUCAACCAUUAGGUGGCACUCAUUUCCUUCUAAAAGUAAGUGUUAAAGUGCUGUUUUGAGCUUGCUUCUAGAACAUCAAUUUUAUGGGAAAGGAGGUAUGUUGAUGUGUGUCCUGCCAUUAACUUGGGACUUUUUAGAGCAAAAUAAGAUUGUCAUAUUAUUUUCUUGUAUUGUUUAUCUCUGAGUCAUAUCCGACACAUUCCACCUAAUAAAAAAAAAAAAAAAAACCUUUUGAAAAAAAAAUUGACUGUUUGGAUUUAGGCUUGCUCUUUACUGUUGAAAAAAGCCAUUCUCCCAUAAUGCCAGAAGCAUAAACAAAUCGUCCCAAUCCAGCUACUCAUGUGCUUAUUAGGCAAUUCUCCUAGCUUCUGAGGAGGGAGGAGAGGCACAAGCUCAGACACAGGCCAGGCAUUGCUGAAGACACUUGGUUCACAUUGCUAAUAUAAUUACAGUAAUACAGUUACUUCAUGGUUUUGAGAAGUGGUACCCUGUGAUUUCCAUUUUCUGUAAAUGCACAAUCAGGAUUUGGUUUAUGAAGUAAUUCGGUCUAUAUUUACAACUAACCAAAACAGAUUGAACUUCUGUUUUUAUUUAAUCGUGUCUUUAAUAAAUUGUUAAUGAAAACAGUUAUAGACAUUUUCAGAGAAACAUCCUGAGUUUAUUUAUUUAGA